CGGCCGGCCUCAUAUGAAGGGCGGGGGCGAGGCGCGCGCGUCCGCCUCACGAUCGGUAACGAGACCCCCCCCGGGGCCCUGAGGGGAGCGCGGCGGCGGGAGGGGGAGCGGCCCGCGGCCUCGCACCGGCACCGGGAGGGCAGGGGAGGGCGGCCGGACCCCUCGUGGGGGUCUCGAAGGGGCGGCCGGUCCCCUCAGCGCGGCGGGGGGGCGCUCCGAGCCCCUCAGGGCUUCCCUCCUGCCCGGGGGUACCGGGGCCGUCCCCCUCGGGGCCCGGUCAUUACCUCACGGCGGGCCCCAGCGGUUUGGGGGGGAAGCCGGGGCAGAGUCCGCCGGCUGAGUCGGGGCUGUUGGAACCCGGUAGUUCUCUCGAACCGCGUCCCGGUGACGGGCUUCGCGUCCCGGUGACGGGCUUCGCGUCCCGGCCCCCGGCUCGCCGGGGUCUGCCGUUCGGUGCGCUAAUAACGUCCGCUUCUUGCCGUCCCUCGGUGGCAGGACCGCCCUCCAGCCCCCCAGGGAAACUGGAGUCUUCGGUUUUAGCACGCUGGAGUUUUCCUUUUCUACGUGAACCACAGUCAUGACAGAUCAAGAGUAUGUUCUUUGCAUGUGGAAGAAGCGUUUAUGGCCAGCAAAGGUUUUGUACAAAACUGGAGUUGGUGGGAAAACAUCUGUCGAUAAUGCGAAGGAGACAUCUUUUAGAGUUGAAAUACUUGGCAUGGAAGAACAGAUUAGUGUGAAGUGUGUGGAUGCUGUACCACUGAAGGAAGAAUGUAUAGAAAACAUCGCUUCUAGCUUAGAUCAAAGGAAUAAUUCAAGUGAGGCUGUGGAAGAACUGAAAUAUCGUCGUUCUCUUAAAAUUGCUCUGGAUAUUUUGAAUCAAAAUGUAUCCCCCAGAGAAGAGCCACCAAAUACUCAGUUACCCCAGGAAAACAAUGCAGGAUCUCUCUCAUCUACCCCCUUACGUAGAUGUCGAUCGCUCUGUCACUCUAAGGAAAAGUUGGAGCCUCAGACUUCCAGGAAGAAAAGAGAACAAAAAAAUAACCCCAGCCUGAAGACUGAUACAAAAACCCAAACAGCUUCCUUCCUUUUGGAGGAGAGCGCUAAAGCGCAUGAAAGAGGAACAAACCCUUCCAUGUGUAGUACUGUGGACUUGAGUAACACAUCAAACUCAGGCAGUCAAAACUGCAAAACACCAGAAUCAAAUUCACUACCAAGACAGAAAGAAAUCAAGCCCGGACUGUUGACAAAGUCCCAAAUAGGAAAUAAAGUCUCACUUAAGAAAAAAAGUGAGCAAGGAAGAAAAAGACGAAGAGGUGCAGGAUCACCUGUGUCGCAUAUCAACCAUUUCCCUACAGAUCCAGCCCAGCCCCUUGCUGAGGAAGCGUCUCCGCUGCCUGUCCCCUGUGAAGCUGGCACGGAGGGACCUGUCAGAAGGGCCAACACCAGGAGUCAGCCUAAAAGGACAGUACUGGAUUCCUCCUGUAAAAGUGCCUCGGAUGACUUGGAAAAAAGCAUCAGUAGUGAGAGUGAAAGUCUAGCAAAGCAAUUAGGUGGAAGAAAACAGCCAGAGAGUUUAAAACGGGUUAAUGGAGAACAAGAGAUUGGUGCGACUCUGUCCUCACCCGGAAAAAGGAAAUGCAGAAAUUGCCCUGAAUCUUCAUCUGGGCCUUCUAACCAUGAGACGCUUUCUGAUGGCGUCCCCUCUCAGUGUGAAGAGGAGGAAAAUAAGAAUACUUCACAUGUGACUAUGAGUAAAGUAAAGCCGUUUCAGCUGCCUGACUUUGAGGAAGAUGAAGGACUGGAAUCUGACCUGUCUCCAAAGAUAGUUUCCUCAGAGAGCCUGUCUCGCCUCUCAGCUCUGGUAGACGAGGAGGAGGAGGAUGAAGAGCUUCCUAGUAUUUUAUCACAUCAAGAACCACAAUCAAUUGAAGAAGGAAUUUUGGUCUGGUGCAAAUUGCGAAGGUAUCCUUACUGGCCAGCAGUGGUAAAAAAUGUGAAGCGGAAACUCAGAAAGGCGUGUGUGCUGUUUAUAGAAGGGAAUACAAAUGACAAGAAAAAAGGUUUCUCAGUAUCUCUUAAGAGUCUGAAGCACUUUGAUUGUGAAGAAAAGCAGGACCUCAUUGAACGAGCCAAAGAAGAUUAUCGCCAAGAAAUUGAGUGGUGUAUUCGAUUGAUUUCUGACUAUCGAAUUAGAGUAGGUUGUCAUUCUUUUACGGGCUCCUUCUUGGAAUAUUUUGCUGCUGAUAUCAGCUACCCUGUUAGGAAGGAAGGUUAUCAAGGUUUAGUCCCAAUGACCUUUCCAAACACGGCAGAGGAAGAUGUUGAAGAGUCUUCAUCAGAAACUUCACCUCAGAAGCCCUCCAAGAAACUUCUCCCUGACAGAACGAGAGCCGCUAGAGACAAAGCGAAUAAAAAGAUAGUGGAGUUUAUAGUGAAGACCAAGGGGGCCGAAGAGCAUCUUUUGGCUAUUUUGAAAAGCAGAAAACAGUCGCGGUGGCUGAAGGAAUUCCUGAAUUCAAGUCAGUACAUGAACUGCGUUGAGACGUAUUUAGAGGAUGAAGAACAAUUAGACCUUGUGGUGAACUACUUGAAGGAGGUGUAUUGUGAGAUAGGUGCUAAAAAUCUGCAUCAAAUUAAUGGAGACGCAAUAAAAUUUAUUUCGGAUGUCCUUUUGCCCGAAGCCAUCAUUUAUGCGAUUUCUGCUGUGGAUGACAUAGAUUACAAGAAGGCAGAGGAGAAAUACAUAAAAGGACCAUCCGUGAGCAAAAGGGAGAGAGAAAUAUUUGAUGAAGAAAUUAUAGGAAGAAAAAAGAGGAAGACCAAACGCGCAUCUGCAGACAGCGCCUGAGCGGUGGUACAAACUUUCCCAAGUUACCCUGGCACUGUGCCUGUGUAAUAGAGAUGUGGUUCUUUGUAUAAAAUGUGUAAUUCUCACUUUUUAAAGUAUAUCUUCAGAGCUGUAGUCACUGCAAUGCUGUACUGCUGUCAGAUACAGUUGUGUCUUCAGCUUCGCUCUCCGUUCUGGGUGCCGGCGUCGCUUCCCUGGGCCGUGCCGUGGGGAGCUGCCUGGAGCAGCCGCUGUGGGCGCCGCCUCUCACCCCCUUGGGGCACUUCAUGUGGAACCCGGCGAAACCCCAAGGGGUUUGAGAGCUGCUUGCUGUAACACUAAGCUUUGUAGGAAUUAUUUUGGCCAAAUAUCUGACAAAGGGAGGGCUGGUGUCGUCAGAAAGGCGUGUGCUGAUGAAUUACGUAGCCGUGUGUUACCCGAUGACGUUAGUGGAUGUAGGCAGGGUCCCUGUCUGCAGAUGCUCCCGGCAGGUUGGUUAUUUUUGCUUCAUGUGUCUCAAAGUGCAGGAAAUGAAAUCGGUAGCUAGUGAUGCAAUCCGAAUAACAAAGGCUUUGUUUGUGUUGAUAGGACAAAUGUAAAAUCCAGUGGAAAAGGAAUGCAAUGUUUGCUUGAAGAACAAAAACCACUCACAUUUAAAAGUGAAACCGUUUUGAAUGCUGCUUUAAUGGUUUUCUUUGAGGCCAUGAUUUUGGGAACACUUCUGUCUUUUUCUGUCUGAUUUUAAAUAUAAAAUUUAAUCAUGCCUAGUUCCUCCUGCGGCUUUUGCUGAAGGUGUAACGUAUCGCAAAUUGCCUUUGACAGACUUGCAGUGUUAUUGAGAACUAUCUAAUGAUAAAAGCCCAAUGAUUUACUAUUUUUCUAUAUUAUAAUGCCAAUGUGGUCUACUUGCUUGUCCAAUAGGAACUGAGAUGAUUUUUGGAAUUUGAGGAAGAAGUUCCAAUAUAAAUUGGGGUACAGAUGUGUAUUCUGGCUAGAGUAAUUCUCUGAGUAUGUUUUAACCACAGGUUUGAUUGCUCCGUGAUGGGUUUCAAUAUGCAUUUAGAAUCUUUAUUGGUGUUACUAAAGGGACAUUCACAAGUGCAUCAAUCACAGGGAUAACAGACCUGGACUCUUCUUGUGCGCUUCUGGGUUACCGUGAUCCACGGCGCUGUACAAAACCAGCGAAAGGACCCUUCGGCUCCUCCUUCAGCCCCCGGUGCUGGAGCAGCAGAGCCCCCUCAUCUCCUCGCCUUUAGCUCUGUCCUCACUUUUCCUGCCUUUCAGCCACGCGUUGGGUGAAAGUGCUCCAGAAAGUUUGAAUCCCUAAAAACCACUCCCAGCUGCCGCCCCAGGCAUCAGAGGGUGGUGACAGAACUCCGCCUCAAGACUGAGUUCGGUCUCGCAAUGUAUGGAAUUAUGUGGUCCUAACUCAAUUAAAGUUGGGUGAAGUGAACCAUCAAAGGCUUGUCCUGGCUUUUGUUUGAAUGGGCUCAUUCAUUUCGAAUACUGGUUUUAAGCUGUGGUUGCUGGUGCACACAGGCAGAGGCUCUUCCACCCAAAUUUUACAUCAGGCAAAG